GAUGUUGUCCCAAGAUAUGUGAGUAACUUGAAAUAUUUCGUACCACCAAAAACAAUUUACAAAAAAAUCAUUAUCGGCAUUUGAUCAUUACAUGAAAAAUCAUUAUGAAAAAUCCUGAAAAUUUUAGUAAUUUUCCAACAUUUUAGAAUAUUUUUAUCAAAAUUUCAUCUAGCUAAAUAAACAAUGCAACACACUACGAAAUACUAUUGUAAACCUUGACUUUCCUUAAAAUCUCCAUCUUUUUUUCAUACUUAAAAUAUUAACCUAUUGUUCUCUCAAACUCUCGGUUUCAUGCAUUUUAAAAUGCAAUCUGGGACCAGCACCAAUUUCCUUUAUUACCUCCUUGAAACUUUUACGACAUAUUUCCUUCGUCCUGGACGGGAACAAUGACAUUGUAAAUUUUUCUUACUUCGUUUCGUCGUCACCUCCAAAUAUCAUUCAAAAAACAGACUCGUCACUUAGUCUGGGUCUCCAUUCUCCGUCUUCAAAAGUAGUUCUUCAAAAUUUUUAGUUUGGAAAAAAUGAAGCUCUUUUUAGCCACAAUUUUGCUAGUCGGUGUACUUGAAGUUGUAAAUGGGUCACCUGGCGAGGCCCGGAUUCGGGAACAAUUCGAUAAGGAGCAUGAAGAAGGCGUUGACCGUGUCCGACUCAAGAUGCACGACCUUCAAGCUGGAGAAACUGGGAAUAAGGAUCGUCAAUAUCAAGCCCAACAGACGGAUACUGAACUUCGAGUAAACGGACCGAAACGUGGACGAAGUCGGCCCCGUGACCGUGGUGACCGUGACGAGGAAGAAGGGUUCGGAAAGGAGGUGGACGACCGAGAAGGGGACGACGGGCGUGCUGAUCGUGGGCGUCCAAGCAGAGAUCGCGAGGACAGAGGAGAACGUCUCAGCAGUCGGGAUCGGGCGGAUAGAGACCGAUCUUCAGAUAGAGAUCGAUCUUCUUACCAGAGGGACAGGGCAGAUCGUGGGGACCGGUCCGAAAGAGAUAGAGAAGAUCGAGUCGAAGGUUCCGGGGAAGUUGAGGAAGAUCGGAGACGCCCCCUCAGCUCGGAUGAGGAAGAUCGUAGAAGAGAACGGGCAAAGAAACGGGGUGGGAGCGGUGGUGGUGGGGGUGCCAGUGGUGUUGAUUUGUUCGUCAAGGGCACUGAUAAGAAGAUUUAUGACCGCCAACACGAGGACAUUGCGCGAUUCGCCAAGCAAGAUGACAUCGACUUUGCGAAGGACUCGUACCGUAAAAAAGACAAGUCUUCCCACAAAAAAGAGGAGGUUUACUCUACGAGACGAUAAUUUAUUUCUUUGUCAUAAACUAACAAUUAUUAAUGUAAUUUUAUGACAUUUGUAAUUUGAUUAGAGGUCCAAUUUGAAAUUAAAUUAGAGACAAAUUUUCCUUUGAACGGUUGUGUUGUUAUCAGCCUCAUCCUUUCCAGCCCCACCCACCACCA